UCAUCUGGCUGCUCAUUUGUAUCCUUUAUAAUAAAGAAGUAAUAGUAAGACAGAAAGCAAAGACGCUUUUUACUUUGCUGGGAUGUUUCGCAUCACCAACAUUGAAUUUCUUCCUGAAUACCGACAAAAGGAGUCCAGGGAAUUUCUUUCUGUGGCACGGACUGUGCAGCAAGUGAUAAACCUGAUUUAUACAACAUCUGCCUUCUCCAGAUUUUAUGAGCAGUCCAUUGUUGCAGAUGUCAGCAACAACAAGGGUGGCCUCCUUGUCCACUUUUGGAUUGUGUUUGUCAUGCCACGUGCCAAAGGCCACAUCUUCUGUGAAGACUGUGUGGCCGCCAUCUUGAAGGAUUCCAUCCAGACAAGCAUCAUAAAUCGGACCUCCGUGGGGAGCUUGCAGGGUCUGGCUGUGGACAUGGACUCUGUGGUUCUAAAUGACAAAGGCUGCUCUCGGUACUUCUAUGCAGAGCAUCUGUCUCUCCACUACCCGCUGGAGAUUUCUUCAACCUCAGGGAGGCUGAUGUGUCACUUCAAGCUGGUGGCCAUCAUGGGCUACCUGAUUCGCCUCUCAAUCAAGUCCAUUCAAAUCGAAGCCGACAACUGUGUCACUGACUCCCUGACCAUUUACGACUCCCUCUUGCCAAUCCGGAGCAGCAUCUUGUACAGAAUUUGUGAACCCACAAGAACAUUAAUGUCGUUUGUUUCUACAAAUAAUCUCAUGUUGGUGACAUUUAAGUCUCCUCAUAUACGGAGGCUCUCAGGAAUCCGGGCAUAUUUUGAGGUCAUUCCAGAACAAAGGUGUGAAAACACAGUGUUGGUGAAAGAAAUAACUGGCUUUGAAGGGAAGAUUUCAAGUCCAUAUUACCCGAGCUACUAUCCUCCAAAAUGCAAGUGCACCUGGAAAUUUCAGACUUCCCUACCAACACUUGGCAUAGCACUGAAAUUCCAUAACUAUUCAAUAAGCAAGAAGAAUAUGAAAGGCUGUGAGCAUGGAUGGUGGGAAAUUAAUGAGCACAUGUACUGUGGCUCCUAUAUGGAUCAUCAGACAAUUUUUCGAGUGCCCAGCCCUCUGGUUCACAUUCAGCUCCAGUGCAGUUCAAGGCUUUCGGACAAGCCACUUUUAGUGGAAUAUGGCAGUUACAACAUCAGUCAACCCUGCCCUGUUGGAUCUUUUAGAUGCUCCUCCGGUUUAUGUGUCCCUCAGGCCCAGCGCUGUGAUGGAGUAAAUGACUGCUUUGAUGAAAGUGAUGAACUGUUUUGCGUGAGCCCUCAACCUACCUGCAAUACCAGCUCCUUCAGGCAGCAUGGCCCUCUCAUCUGUGAUGGCGUCAGGGACUGUGAGAAUGGCCGGGAUGAGCAAAACUGCACUCAAAGUAUUCCAUGCAACAACAGAACUUUUAAGUGUGGCAAUGAUAUUUGCUUUAGGAAACAAAAUGCAAAAUGUGAUGGGACAGUGGAUUGUCCAGAUGGAAGUGACGAAGAAGGCUGCACCUGCAGCAGGAGUUCCUCCAGCCUUCACCGCAUCAUCGGGGGCACAGACACACUGGAGGGGGGUUGGCCAUGGCAGGUCAGCCUCCACUUUGUUGGAUCUGCCUACUGUGGUGCCUCGGUCAUCUCCAGGGAGUGGCUUCUUUCUGCAGCUCACUGUUUUCAUGGAAACAGGCUGUCAGAUCCCACACCAUGGACUGCACACCUUGGGAUGUAUGUUCAGGGGAAUGCCAAGUUUGUCUCUCCGGUGAGAAGAAUUGUGGUCCACGAAUACUAUAACAGUCAGACUUUCGAUUAUGAUAUCGCUUUGCUACAGCUCAGUAUUGCCUGGCCUGAGACCUUGAAACAGCUCAUUCAGCCAAUAUGCAUUCCUCCCGCUGGCCAGAGAGUUCGCAGUGGGGAGAAGUGCUGGGUAACUGGCUGGGGGCGAAGGCAUGAAGCAGAUAAUAAAGGCUCCCUUGUUCUGCAGCAAGCAGAGGUAGAACUCAUUGAUCAAACUCUCUGUGUUUCCACCUAUGGGAUCAUCACUUCUCGGAUGCUCUGUGCAGGCUUAAUGUCAGGCAAGAGAGAUGCCUGCAAAGGAGAUUCGGGUGGACCUCUAGCUUGUCGAAGAAAAAGUGAUGGAAAAUGGAUUUUGACUGGCAUUGUUAGCUGGGGACAUGGAUGUGGACGACCAAAUUUUCCUGGUGUUUACACACGGGUGUCAAACUUUGUUCCCUGGAUUCAUAAAUAUGUCCCUUCUCUUUUGUAAGUGUACUAGUUGGAUUUUUACUGUGAUUUAUGUUAAAAAUAGAUACUUAAACUGAUGCAAUAAUU